AUAAAUUCAUGCUAAUAGGUUGACUGACCGAUACUAUUCCUUGUAUUUGAAGAAUCAACUUCAUACAGUAUUCGUCUAUCCACGUCGCAAACUAUUAUUUUUACAACUACAGCCUAUUCCCUAAUCGACAUUGACGAUGCAGUGGUACCUGCUUGCCUUAUGCCUCGUGUUUCUCCUGCCACCAGCGUACUCUAAUUCUCUCAGCGGUACGGUGGAAUUAAACGAUUAUACCUUUGAUAAGAUCCUCAAAAAGUUUGAUGCUACGCUGGUAAAGUUUGAUGUGGCGUUCCCCUAUGGCGACAAGCACGACGCUUACACCGCACUGGCAAAGGACGCGAAGGAAGAGGACGAUUUUCUGAUCGCCGAAGUGGGAGUGAAGGAUUACGGAGACAGGGAUAACGAAGCGUUGGCGAAGAAGUACGGCGCUACGAAGGACAAUUUCCCGGUUGUGAAGCUAUUUAUAAAGGGGAAGAAGGAGCCGAUCACUUACAACCCGGAUAAAGAGAUUACCAGCGAUGAGCUUCGUCGUUUCGUGCGAGAACACACCGGGGUGCACCUGAGCCUGCCGGGCUGCGUGCGGAGCCUUGAUAAGCUGGCCGUCAAGUUCAUGAAGGCUGACAAUGAAGACAGGAAGAAAAUUCUCGAAGAUGGUGAAGAUACCUUCAAAAAAUUGCCUAGCAAGCAAGCUAACUCUGCAAAGAUCUACAAAACUAUCUUGGAGAAGAUCAUUGAGAAAGGUGACGGGUUUGUCAAGACUGAACACGAAAGAAUCACCAAGCUGCUCAACGGGAAACUGUCGGAAGAGAAAAAGAAGGAGAUGGGACAGAGAAUCAACAUCCUUCAGACUUUCCAGUUGCAUGAGACCAAAGUGGAUAAAGAAGAGCUGUGAUUUUAUUAAUUUUUAACUUACACUUAAAUUCCUACUAAUAUAAAUUAUUCCCUCUUUAUACAAAUAAGACAUGAAGUAACGGAACAAUCUAGUAUUACUUUAUACAGGGUGUCAUUUUAAAUGAUUUUUUGUGUUUUUUGCACUACCAAGACAUUCCAAAUUCAAAGUAAUAUAUUGCACAAUAUAUUUAUGUAAUUUUAUUUCCUAUAUGAACUAGGUAACUUGAAACUAUUUAAAGCCAUAAAUGGGUAACACACCUGAUCUUGCUAGUUAGGUAUUGUCAUUUAAAAACUAUGUUCAUCUUAAUAGUGUAGUAAAUAAAGGUAGUGGACCCCGCAGUAAUUCCUCAGCCAGAAAAAACUUUACAGUAUGAUAAAGUAUCAAUAAAUAAAAAGUAUUGUAUAAAUAUCCAAAGAAUAAUAGUAAUAGUAUUUAAGUAAAUACCUAAAGUCUUAAAUCGUUAAUAUCUUUUUACGGAAAAAUGCUCCGUUCAAACUUUCGUCUCCACCGACAAUAUUCAUGUAACGUAUUGCAACAAUAUAUGACAUAACAAUAAAAAAAAUCCCAGCAGAAAUACCAAUAACUUAUUUGGUAAAAAAAAUUUCGGACGGAGGAAUUACUCGGUUAAAUAAAUAAACAGCUUUGUAUGUUUACGUAUAAAUACCUAACUUAGUAGUGUUUUUAGGGUUCCGUACCUCAAAACGAAAAAAAAGAACCCUUAUAGGAUCACUCGUGGGUCUGUCUGUCUGUUUGUCACAGCCUAUUUUCUCGGAAACUACUGGACCAAUUAAGUUGAAAUUUGGUACACAUAUGUAAAUUAGUAACCCAAAGAUGGACAUAUUUUUUGUAUAAUUUAAAAAUACAUAGGUUCGAAGUUAUUUAAGAAAAUACAAAUAGCCAAAAAAUUACCAUUCCCCCUGUAUCUCCGAAACUACUGGGUCUAAAAUUUUCAAAAAAAUACACAAAAUAGUUCUUUACCUAUAGAUGACAGGAAAACCUAGUAGAAAUGUGCAGUCAAGCGUGAGUCGGAAUUAUGUACGGAACCCUAGAAACGCGAGUCAGACUCGCACUUGGCCGGUUUUUUUUUGGAUAUUUAUAAUGUUAGUUUCGGCUCAUACUAUACAAUAACCAAGCAAAAUUUCAUCGACUGAGGAAUUAAUGCAUGGGUCUCCAUACAACAACUUGCUUCGUUUACUACCCUAUUAAGACAGACAUACUGUGUCACAAGACUUUGACAUUGUUGUGCUAGCCCAAUGGGUGAACUUUUUAAAAUGGGUUAGUCGCAACUAGCAUAAGAUAGGAAUAAGUUAAUAUAGCAACAAACUUGUAUUUCACAUUUUGACUGAGUGUGGGCCUAUCUUAAACCCUCUAAUAAAUUAGUCUAAUUCAUUAUUAACAAAAAUACAAAAAUCACACCAGUGUGUGUCAGACUUAAUCAACUUUCAGAAGUUUAAUAUUUCUUGAAUAUAUAUUUUCAAAUUAUAUAGAACUCUUUUGUUAUACAGUAGGUACUUGGUAAUCUGCCUCCUGAAAUGUUCACCUAUACCAUAUUGUUUGGACUGCUGGAUUAUUAGAUUUGUAUGGAUAAUAAAGCAUAUUAUAGAAAAUAAAUUUUACAUAUCAAAUGCAACUGCUCUGUGAUCAGGUGUUUGGUUGUGUCACCUGAGUCACUAAUAGCCGGAAUACCGAGCGCCUACUGUAUUUAAGUAUGUUUAUGUUAUUGUUCUCUUACUGAAGAGUUAAAACAGCCCUGACUCCUUUAUGACUCAUGAUUACAGCUAAAUUACUCAGCUUCAUAUCUGACAUUUCACGGGUAAAGGUAAAUGCGAUGCAACUCGACGUCCAACCGCCUUACCUUUACUUGUGGAACGUCACAUUUUAACCUUUUGAACGCCAAGAACACCUAAAGGUGUCGUUACUAGUCGUGCCCACCGCGCCAAGGACCACUAGAUAAGUGUUAUGGCGGACGCUGUCAAAGUAACAUUCACACUUACGAGUAGGGUUUACAAUAGUUCGAUUGCGACUGGGAUCUUGGCGUUUGAGUGAUGUUUGUGUUUAUGACAUAAAGCGUUCAAAGGGUUAAUACAUGUAUCACAUGUAUGAUUACCAGAAUAUGAGCAUUGGAUUAAAUCAUACACGUGUUUUGUAACGUGGAAAUAAUUGCCUCCUUUUUACGGUUCGCCGGUCAUAAAACCUGGCUAUUGUUUAUCCAGUCAAUCGAGUUUCACAAUAGGCCGAAUUGAACUGUUAUUGCUCGGCAUUGUACUUGUUUGUGUACUUGCAAUCUUGCUUGUAUCAUUUUAAUUUUGCACAAUGUGUGAUGAAUGUAUGAAAUACAUUAGUGUGUGAAAUUU